CGCACGAAAUCCCUGGGCAGGACACUGGGCCAGCAGCUCGCGCGCGCCUUCCUCAGCGGCCGGCACGACGGCGGCUGCUCGCGGGAGGCUAGGGUGGCGGAUGGCGGCGCUCGGGCUUCGUCCGAGCCAUGGCGGCGGUGCCUGUCGAAUCAGCGCCGAGCCGCCACUGCGGAGGAGCGCUCGGGUGGGCUGUGGUCAUGCGUUCCUUGAUCUAUCUCGUCUCGGUUGCUAUUUCAAGGUGAAUCCUGUUUGGUUUCUUCUGAAUCUUCGAUUCGGUCUGUGAAUUUGUUAGUAGUGCUAGAUACCCCCUUAAUCAGGUGGUCUCACUUCCUAAUUAUAUACAGCCAUUUCCUGGCCCUGGUAGGCAUCUCAAGAAUCAUGUGUGUGUGCCUGAAUAUCUUAGCCCCCAUAUGAUGAUAUUAUAACUUGAAUAUACUUUGUCUGCAUCAAAUGCUCUCUCUGAUUAACUUUGGCCAUCCAACUGGCGAAUGCUAUCCAAGAAAUUUCGACAAGAUUGUCUGUGGAUGAUAUUUUUAUUUUUUGCGGGGAAUCCAUGGAUGAUUGAUGGGUGAAGUAUUGGUCCAAGUAAACUGAUUCUGUGUGCCGGGUUGAGUCAAACUUAGCGGACGAAAGCUGCAUGACGGCACAACCUUAAAAAUCAGUCACCAUCUUUCGCCCCUCAGUCUAGCCACUGCAAACCAACCUAAGUGUAUAUAUGCAGUAAUUUGUAAGAGGAUUUCCUCACCACCUUGUAUGCCGUUUGGGAUUUAUUUAUAAAUAAAGUGGGACGAAAGCCUGUUUCGAGGUAUCUCAAGAAUGCUUUGAAAUGUAUUUUCGACAAGAUUUUCUGUGGAUGAGGAUUAUCUUUUGGUGGGGAAUCUGUUGAUGAUGAUUGAUGGGUGAAGUCUUGGUCCAAGUAAACUGACUGUGACUGUGAAUGCUAGGUUGCACUCCUAGUCAAUCUUAGCGGACGAAAACGGCAUGUCGGCACAACGUUCAAAUCACUCACCAUCUUUCCCUCCCUCUAAGGUCUAGCCACUACAGCCCAGCCUAAGUGUGUGUAUAUAUGUACGCAGUCAGGGGAAGGGAAAGCACAUUACCAGAUAUGGGUACUACUAGAUGCUUGCCAUGGGGAUCAUUGUCUCUGGUCAUGUUUCUGUUAUUGCAGUCCAUGGUUCAGUUAUCCUCUGCCUGCUCCACAGAGGAGAGAGCUGUUCUGAUGGACAUCCGGUCUUCCCUGAGGAGAGCACACUCCCUGGUUUCGCCUGAUCUAUGGGGGCACGAUGAUGAUGAAUGCUGCUCGUGGGAGACUGUGACAUGCAACAAUACCACCCGACGAGUGACUCAUCUCGACCUUUCUCUUGUAUAUGCAUCAGAUGCAGGUGAUCAUUGGUAUCUAAACUUGUCGGUGUUUUCUGCAUUCCAUGAGCUUCAGUCCCUAGAUCUAUCACUCAAUAUUCCCUCUUCGCUAAGCUUCCAAGGGUUAGUUGGACUACCCAGGCUUCGAUAUCUUGACCUCAGUGUAGCUUCGCUUGGAGGGGGUUCCCUGGAAUUUAUCGGGGCAUGUGUUUCACUGGAAGUCUUAGCUCUCAACGACAACAACAUUACUGGAGGUUUUCCAGAGGCAGCUUUCAAAAAUCUUAGAAGCUUGCGACAAUUGAAUAUGUCUCUGAAUAGACUCAACGGAAACCUCCCGGCAUCACUAUUUGCGCUUCCUCACCUGAAGAUCUUAGAUCUCUCAAACAAUAUCUUCGAUGGGCAUAUUCCAAUUAGUUCGUCCUUGGGACCAAUUUCCCUUGAAGUCUUAGAUCUCAGCUAUAAUAAUCUCAGUGGAAUUCUCCCAAUUACAGCCUUUAAGAACAUCAGGAACUUGAAUCUGGGUAGCAAUCAAUUCAGUGGAUCUCUCCCUGUGUCAAUACUUGCACUUCCUCGUCUGAAGUUCCUAGAUCUGUCAUACAAUCAUUUUGAGGGAGGUUUUCCUGUUAAUUUUUCUUUGGAAGAACUUCCACUUGAAGUCUUAUAUCUCGAUGGUAAUAACAUGAGUGGAACUCUUCCGACUGAAAGAGCAUUUGAAAAUCUCCAGAACCUGCGAGAAUUGUAUUUGGGUUCCAAUCAAUUCAAUGGAAACAUUCCAGCAUUAUUGUUUUCUCUACCACAUAUUGAACUGUUGAAUCUCUCAUCAAACUCCUUCAGCGGACCAAUUCCUAUAAAUCCAUCUUUGAAUAUUUCAUUGUCACUUAAGAGUCUUCAGUUUUCCCAAAACAAUUUGAGUGGUAGGCUUACUUUCACUUGGCUUGGAAGACUCACAGAGCUAGAAGUAAUAGACCUUUCAGGCAAUGGUAACCUAGUUGUUGAUGUCAAUAUUCUUGGCGGGACACCUCCUUUCCAGUUGAAACAGCUAUUGCUCUCUGGUUGUGACCUUGACAAGAGGAUUAUUGCAGAACCACGGUUUCUACGCACACAGCGUCAUUUAGAGGUGCUUGACUUGUCCAACAAUAACUUGUCAGGUAGCAUGCCAAAUUGGUUGUUUAUAAAGGAAGCAACACUACAAGAACUACAUCUUGGAAAUAACUCGCUAACUGGAUCGCUAUACCCAAUAUGGCAUACCCAAUCUUCUCUCCAGGUUAUCGACUUACACAUGAACCAUAUCAUAGGACAGAUGCCAGCCAACAUCAGUUCAAUGUUUCCAGUGUUGAAUGAUCUGGAUUUUUCUAAUAACAACUUCUUUGGGCACAUACCAACUUCACUGUGUGAGAUCCAGUCCAUGGUAAGUUUAGACCUAUCAAAGAACAAUUUUUCUGGUGAAGUUCCAGCUUGUGUGUUCACUAAUUAUCCCUGUCCAAUGACCUUAAAGGUCUCAAACAACAAGCUUGGUGGUCUGAUUUUUAGUGGGAUGAAUAACCUGUCCAUUAUGUUGGAACUACACCUGGAUGGUAACAAAUUCGAAGGGACAGUGCCUCGUAAUCUGUCAGGAGGGCUUUUAGAGGUCAUUGAUUUGCAUGAUAACGAGUUAUCUGGCAAACUUGAUACAUCAUUGUGGAAUAUGUCUUCGUUGAAAGUCCUGAAUCUUGCUGGCAACCGUAUAACCGGCAAAAUUCAUCCACGACUUUGUGGCCUCACAAGCCUUGAACUUUUAGAUAUAUCAAGCAAUAAUCUUACAGGGUCCGUACCGAACUGCAGCUGCAUGUUGCUCCACUUCCUUAACCUCUCUGGGAAUUCCUUAUCUAGCCAUAUCUCUUAUCCCUUCUUCAACAUAUCAAGUCUGAUUUCUUUGGAUAUCAGAAACAAUCAGUUCGCAGGCAACCUCCAUUGGAUACGUUAUCUUGAUAACAUUAGGCUGCUUUCCUUGGGCGGAAAUGAGUUUGAAGGGCAGAUCACUCCAAACUUGUGUGAACUCCUGCACUUAAGGAUAAUUGACUUGUCUCAUAACAAGCUUUCAGGUUCAUUACCCUCAUGUAUUGGUAAUUUCUUUUUCAAAGGUGACACGGACGAUCAAAUGUUUCAUUCAGUAUAUGGGGGUUCACUGGACUCACUUGGCAGUCCUUAUGACUUGGGAGGUUUCAGCUUUACUACCAAAGGGAAUCUGUACACAUAUGGUCAAAGUUUCUUCGUUUCAAUGUCCGGCAUUGACCUAUCUGCGAAUAUGCUGCACGGAGAAAUUCCUUGGGAGCUGGGAAAUAUGAGCCAUAUAAAAUCCCUUAACCUGUCAUACAAUUCCUUUGUUGGCCCGAUACCGACCACCUUUGGCGGCUUGGAGGAGAUAGAAAGUUUGGACCUCUCACACAAUGAGCUGAGUGGACCAGUACCUUGGCAGCUAACGCGGUUAUGUUCAUUGGGGGUGUUCUCUGUGGCAUACAACAACUUGUCAGGGUGCAUACCGAACUCUGGUCAGCUUGGCUCAUUCGGCAUGGAGAGCUACCUAGCCAACACCAACCUCCACAUGAUUACACAGGGGAACAUGUGCACUCCUGGUCCAGAUCCCGUGGCGGAGGAAGAUGUGGGUGAGACGUCUGGUGAUCCAAUCCUAUACAUGGUCAUGGCUGCCGGGUUUAUUUUGGCAUUCUGGGCCACUGUUUCUUUUUCAUUAUUCCAUCCGUACGGGAGGUCUGUAAUGUUCAAGCUGUAGUCCGUCCCAAGGAAAAAUCGCUAGUCAUACAUCUACUUUAUGUGUACAUGUACAUCCAAAACUUCCUGAAAUCUCAUUCUGGAUAUGUAGUAUGAACAAUAAACAAUGGAUUUUGUUUGGUUAUACUUUCUACACAUGAUUUUCUGUAUUUGCCAAGUGUUCUGUAGAAUCCAAUUGUAAUU